GUGUCCGGCCCAGCGGCGCCCCGAAGGCGUGUCCGGCCGCAGCCUAGGCCCUCCCGGAGUUGCCGGAGAGUAGGGGCGUUCGGCGGCGCUAGUGUUCAGGGGAGCGCCGGGCGCACAGUGGACCACUACGGGAGGCCUAGCACCGCGGGCCGAGGACUUGGCCUGCGCCCGCCGACCCCAGCUACCCUCCGCAGUCGCCCAGGCGUCCCUUCCUCCCCAAGCCGAGCGGCGCCGGGCCCGGGACUGGGGUCGGCAGGCGCAGGCGCAUUGGACGCCCCCGGCAACCUCCUCCCCGCCCCCCGGCGUCCCGCCCCGUCCGCUGCCCGUCCGAGGAGGCGGAGGGCGAUGACGUCAUCGAGCGGGGCGACGGGCAUUGGGCGCCAUUUUGAAAAGGGAAAAAAAUCCCUCCCCGGCGGCGGCGGCGGCGGCGGCGGUGGCGGCCGGGGCUGAGCGCUCGGCUGUAGCGGCGCGGAGGCCGUCUCUCUGGUCCGCCGCGGUCCCCGCCCGUCCCGCCGCCGGCUGCCAUGGCAGGAGCCGGAGGCGGCGGCUGCCCCGCAGGCGGCAACGACUUCCAGUGGUGCUUCUCGCAGGUCAAGGGGGCCAUCGAGGAGGACGUGGCCGAAGCGGACAUCAUUUCCACCGUUGAGUUUAAUUACUCUGGAGAUCUUCUUGCAACAGGAGACAAGGGCGGCAGAGUUGUUAUUUUUCAGCGUGAACAAGAGAACAAAAGCCGCCCUCAUUCUAGGGGAGAAUAUAAUGUUUACAGCACUUUUCAAAGUCAUGAACCAGAGUUUGACUAUUUGAAAAGUCUAGAAAUUGAGGAAAAAAUUAAUAAAAUUAGGUGGUUACCACAACAGAAUGCUGCUCAUUUUCUACUCUCUACAAAUGAUAAAACUAUAAAAUUAUGGAAAAUAAGUGAACGGGAUAAAAGAGCAGAAGGUUAUAACCUGAAGGACGAAGAUGGAAGACUUCGAGAUCCAUUUAGAAUCACUGCACUACGGGUCCCAAUAUUGAAGCCCAUGGAUCUUAUGGUAGAAGCGAGUCCACGGCGAAUUUUUGCAAAUGCUCACACAUAUCAUAUAAAUUCCAUUUCAGUAAAUAGUGAUCAUGAAACGUAUCUUUCUGCAGAUGACCUGAGAAUUAAUUUGUGGCACUUAGAAAUCACAGAUAGAAGCUUUAGUAUCCUUCCUCAGAGGGACACUGGCGUUUUCCUGAGGUGCUCUUUAGAUAGUGAUGUAUCUUGUUCCUUUAUACACCUGUAUCUCAGAGUCUGGUCUUGUAAAUACCGUCGCUGCACAGCAGCCUGUGAUAUAAGUUCUCUGUGAUUUGAAAUGUUUGUCCCUAAAGAUACAAAUUUCUUUCUACCUUUGGGAAAAAGUUAUGUGUAAUGGGAAUUACCUGAAGUACACUGCUUGCCUGUUUUAGUCAGAGACAGUUUUAAAUAGGCUGCAUUU